GCGAAGUUUCCAGCCUGCGAGCGCGGCGGGAACGGCCGGACGUCCCCAGACCCUGGCCAUGCGGCCGCUGCUGCUCCUGGCCCCGCUGGGCUGGCUGCUCCUGGCCGAAGCGAAGGGCGACGCCAAGCCGGAGGACAACCUCUUAGUCCUCACGGUGGCCACGAGGGAGACUGAGGGGUUCCGACGCUUCAAGCGUUCAGGCCAGUUCUUCAACUACAAGAUCCAGGCGCUGGGCCUGGGGGAAGACUGGAAUGGAGAGAAGGGGGCGUCAUCAGGUGGAGGGCUGAAGGUUCGGCUGCUGAAGAAGGCUCUGGAGAAGCACGCAGACAAGGAGAACCUGGUCAUUCUCUUCACAGACAGCUAUGACGUGGUGUUUGCGUCGGGGCCUCGAGAGCUCCUGAAGAAGUUCCGGCAGGCCAGGAGCCAGGUGGUCUUCUCGGCCGAGGAGCUUAUCUACCCUGACCGCAGGCUGGAGGCCAAGUACCCGGCAGUGUCCGAUGGCAAGAGGUUCCUGGGCUCUGGAGGCUUCAUCGGUUAUGCCCCCAGCCUCAGCAAACUGGUGGCCGAGUGGGAUGGCCAGGACGGUGACAGUGACCAGCUCUUUUACACCAAGAUCUUCUUGGACCCAGAGAAGAGGGAGCGGAUCAACAUCACCCUGGACCACCGCUGCCGUAUCUUCCAGAAUCUGGAUGGAGCCUUGGAUGAGGUGGUGCUCAAGUUUGAAAUGGGCCACGUGAGAGCGAGGAACCUUGCCUAUGACACCCUUCCGGUCCUGAUUCAUGGCAAUGGGCCCACCAAGCUGCAGCUGAACUACCUGGGCAACUACAUCCCGCGCUUCUGGACCUUCGAGACAGGCUGCGCUGUGUGUGAUGAGGGCCUGCGCAGCCUCAGGGGCAUAGGGGAUGAAGCUCUGCCCACAGUCCUGGUCGGCGUGUUCAUCGAACAGCCCACGCCGUUCCUAUCCCUGUUCUUCCAGCGGCUCCUCCGCCUCCACUACCCCCGAAAACAGAUGCGGCUUUUCAUUCACAACCACGAGCAACACCACAAGGCUCAGGUGGAACAGUUCCUGGCAGAGCAUGGCAGCGAGUACCAGUCCGUGAAACUGGUGGGCCCUGAGGUUCGGGUGGCAAACGCUGACGCCAGGAACGUGGGCGCGGAUCUGUGCCGACAGGACCGUGGCUGCACCUACUACCUCAGCGUGGAUGCUGACGUGGCCCUGACGGAGCCUAAAACCCUGCGCCUGCUGAUCGAGCAGAACAAGAACGUCAUCGCCCCGUUGAUGACCCGCCAUGGGAGGCUGUGGUCGAACUUCUGGGGGGCCCUGAGCGCAGAUGGCUACUACGCCCGCUCCGAGGACUACGUGGACAUUGUGCAGGGACGGCGCGUUGGCGUCUGGAACGUGCCCUACAUCUCCAACAUCUACCUGAUCAAGGGCAGUGCCCUGCGGGCUGAGCUGCUGCAGACAGACCUGUUCCACCACAGCAAGCUGGACCCCGACAUGGCCUUCUGUGCCAAUAUCCGGCAGCAGGAUGUGUUCAUGUACCUGACCAACCGGCACACCUUUGGCCACCUGCUCUCCCUGGACAGCUACCAGACCAGCCACCUCCACAACGACCUCUGGGAGGUGUUCAGCAACCCCGAGGACUGGAAGGAGAAGUACAUCCACGAGAACUACACCAAGGCCCUGGCGGGGAAGCUGGUAGAGAUGCCCUGCCCAGAUGUCUACUGGUUCCCCAUCUUCACGGAGACGGCCUGUGACGAGCUGGUGGAGGAGAUGGAACACUAUGGCCAGUGGUCUCUGGGAGAUAACAAGGACAACCGCAUCCAGGGUGGCUACGAAAACGUACCAACCAUCGACAUCCACAUGAAUCAGAUCAGCUUCGAGCGGGAAUGGCACAAGUUCCUGGUGGAGUACAUCGCCCCCAUGACCGAGAAGCUCUACCCAGGCUAUUAUACCAGGGCCCAGUUCGACCUGGCCUUUGUUGUCCGCUACAAGCCAGAUGAGCAGCCGUCCCUCAUGCCGCACCACGACGCCUCCACCUUCACCAUCAACAUCGCCCUGAACCGGGUCGGCGUGGAUUACGAGGGCGGGGGCUGUCGGUUCCUGCGCUACAACUGCUCCAUCCGAGCCCCACGGAAAGGCUGGACCCUCAUGCACCCCGGGCGACUCACGCACUACCACGAGGGGCUCCCCACCACCAGGGGCACCCGCUACAUCGCCGUGUCCUUCGUCGAUCCCUAAUUGGCCAGGCCAGCCACCUCGGACCUCUUCCUCUUUGCCAACAACCACUGCCGGGCAGCACUCUGGGGCGUCGGGGCCCCAGGGAACCUGGACCAGCCUCCAGGCUCUUGACCUCCAUUGCUCUUGGAGCCACCAUCGGAGAGAUUUGGCCACGAGCCAGAGGCAGAAUACACCUCCUUGGCUGGGGCUUUCCUGGUGCUCUGGACCCAGCCCAGGGAGGCGCCCUGUAGUCAGCAGUGCAUGUUCAUUGCUUUGUGGCAACUUGUCCUUUCCCACCCAUCUUCCUGAAAUACCCAGUCCUCUUUGUCUGCUUCUUCCAUGGGGCGGGACUUGAGCAGAACAAGGGCUUAACCGGCUGCCCAGAGGUGCUCUAGGUGUGAGAAGGGAGCCCUGGAGCUUCUCCCGGGCAGAGCUGCAGCCCAGGACUUCUGCUCCCAGCAGACACAGAGACCGGAUCAGAUUCACGCCCCCUCCCUGCCCCCAGGACUGCCGAAGCCCCUUCCUCCGUGGCUCCUGUCGUGGGAGCAGAAUGUUGUCCCCUGGAGAUGAUGACUCAGAAACCCCCCUGGGAGACAGGAAAGGCAUCGAUGCCAUAGCUCCAUCCUCUGCGUGGGGGGAGGGAGUGAGAUGUCCGCACACUGCAGUGAAUCACCCUGUCCCGAUGCCUCUGGAGAGAGGGACAGACAGAAACAGGAGAGUUUCUAUUAAAGAUCAUUCACACCACAGAGUGGGAGAUGCUUGGGUGAGUGACUGUGCACGUGUCCGAGCGAGUGUCUGCAGGGAGAGGUUUAAGAGCCCGUGGCUGGCAAGAAGGGCUGUGUCAGCAGACCGGGUGGCUUGUGUUUCCCAAACCCAGUCACGUAUGAUCCCGGUGUCAUUUGUGUGUUCCGUAAAGCCUUACACGUGAGCCCGGCGCUGGCCGCCUGGGGCAUGCUUCAUCUCUGGAGAUCUGCAUCAGAGAGAACUCCUGGUGGCCCCCACCACACCCUGGACACACUCUUCUUAUAGCACUGAUAACACUUCGGGGUGUUUAUUAAUAUUGAGGGCCAACCUCUAUCCCUCCCUUGCUGUGGGCUGGGCAUUGUGUAUGUCAGGUGCUCAGCCCUCUGGGGUAGGGGCUGUCAUUUCCUUUUUUUUUUUUUUUUUUUAAGUUUACUUAUUUAUUUUGAGAGAAAGAGCAGGGGAGGGACAGAGAGAGAGAAAGGGAGACAGAGAAUCCCAAGCGGCCUCUGCACCUCCAGAGCAGAACCAGACGCAGGGCUCAAACUCAUGAACCACGAGACCAUGACCUGAGCUUAAAUCAAGAGUCAGAUGCUUAACCGACUGAGCCACCCAGGCGCCUCUGUCAUUUCCUUUUUAUAGAUGAGGAACUGGAGGCUUAGGAGAAGCCAGUUCAGGUCACACAAGUAAGCGUAGGGAGAGGGGUUUGAAUAUGACCUCGCUAGAAAUCUGGUCCCUUGCUCCCCGAGCCGUGGGACAGAAAUCAGAGCUGCAACACGGUUCACGGUGCCCAGGAAGUGCCAGUGUCUUCUGUGAUGCGGUGCUUCUGAGGCUGAGGGUGAUUUCUCUCCCCAGGGGAUAUUUGGCAAUGUCUGAAGUCAUUUUUGGUUGUGACAUCCAGGAAAGGGGUGGGGGGUGGGGUGUUAUCUGCAUCGGUGGGCAGAGGCCCGCAUACUCUUAAACACCCUACAAUGUACGGGAUGACCCCUGACCCAAAGCAUUAACUGUCCCCAAAUGCCGGCAGUGCUGAGACAGAAGCCUGGUAGCAGAUGCCAUUUGAGUGGGGCCUUGGAGGGGGACAAGAUUCCCAGUAGUGGAGACUUUCCAGGCCAGGCGGCUGGAGCCAGCAAGGUGCAGGGUGGCUGCUGUUGGCUGGGGGGAGGGGGGGGGUUGUAAAAGCUCAUUUUCCCAGGUUGUAAAAGGAGGAUUGGACUUCAUGGCUUCAAUGUCAUUGAUGGAUUUUGUGUAUGCUUUCUAAAGAUAAUUUUAAGUGUUUGUGUUUUUUAAAUUGACUCACAGUAAAUUCAUAUAGUGCAAA